AUGUCAGUUCCCAGUGAUAAACCACCCAGCUACAACAACAGCAUGGCAUCAAACCCAGGUUACCAGCCAUCCUAUGGAACCAUUGGUGGUGUACCAGCAGGGACAUACCAACCAGCAGGUGGAGCAUACCAGCCAGCAGGUGGGGCAUAUCAGCCUGCAGGUGGGGCAUACCCGCCUCCUGCAGGAGCUGUCCCAUCAUAUAACCAAUCCCACACAAAUAUUGUUGUCCAGCCACCUCACUCGAUUGUGAUUGUAGGUGGUUGUCCAGCUUGUAGGGUUGGUGUUUUGGAAGAAGAUUUCACCUGUCUCGGUGUAUUCUGUGCUAUAUUUUUCUUCCCUAUUGGGAUCCUCUGUUGUUUAGCAAUGCGGCAGCGUCGCUGUGCAAAUUGUGGAGCAGUCUUUGGUUAG